AUGUCUACCACGAAUAAUAUUAAUAUUAAUAGAGAAAACUCUACUACUUUCGCUGAUUCAGACUAUAAUAGUACCGCAUACAAUGCUUAUCGUCCUACGUAUCCAUCCCAACUUUACUCAAAAGUUUAUGAUUAUCAUGCCUCACAUUCCUCGUCUUUUUCCACCGCAUUAGAUAUUGCAACUGGCACUGGCUACGUCGCCAAAGAAUUAUCAAAAAAAUUUCAACAAGUGUAUGCCACUGAUAUUUCUCCAGUUAUGCUUUCAUCAGCUUAUCGCUCUUCAAAUAUUCAAUAUUCGGUUAGUACAGCUGAAGACCUUUCCCAAUUUCAAGAUUCGACAAUUGAUUUAGUAACAGUGGGUCAAGCACUUCACUGGUUCGAUAGAGAAAAAUUUUUUAAGGAAGUAUGGAGAGUUUUGAAACAAAGUGGAACAUUGGCCUUUUGGGGGUAUUCAUACAAUGUUAUCGAUGGAUACCCAACUGCUACGAAAAAAUUUAUGAAACUUGGGGUAGAGACAUUUGGAGAUUAUUGGGAUCCUGGAAGAUUAGUGGUAGAUAAUAUGUAUAAAGAAGUUGUGAUUCCUGAUAAAUUGUUCAGAAAUAUUAUUUGGAAAAGAUAUGAAUUUGAUGAGAAGGAAGGACAAAUGAGUAAUGGUGAAAGCCUUUUAAGUGAAGAAUGGAGUGUUGAGAGAUUUAAGAACUAUAUAAAGUAUCAAAGAGAAAACCAGAAAGUAGAAGAUCCAAUUGACAAGUUGUUUGAGGAACUUGAGAAGGAAGAAGGAUGGAAAGAUGACCAGAUUUUAAAAAUUUCUUGGCCUCUUGUUCUUGCCUUUGUUGAAAAAAAGUAA